AUGCCAAGAGACGAGUCCACAUCGAUCACUGACUCAUCCUGUUCUAAGCCUGUAGCUUUUAUUUCCAAUCAGAAUUUAGCCCAGCCGCACUCUUUGUCGGCCAUAGAACUCCAGCCCGUUGGACUUGCUCCCAAUUCGAUGCCAUCUGAAUCUGAGGACUCGGUAAAAUCUGAAAUUCCUCCUGCAGCAUUUGAUUCAGACGUUUCUUCCAUUCAAUUAUCUUCUAAAAUGCCUUCUAAAGAAGCUGUCUCCGAAUCACAGACAACGGACGAUCCUCUCCAGAACUCUAGUCAAGCAAAUCUGAAUUCUUGUGUUGAUCCAAUAGAACUAGAAUCUAGUUUAAACAGAGGCUUUUCUGGUCCUUCCGUCGCAGCUUACAACGUACAUCGUACCUUGUGUUCCUUCAACCUUUCCGCCACUAGACUGAUGCAAGUAGAUGACGAUUGA